CCGGUCGUUAUUGUUAUUUGUUAUUCGGUCUGCGUUUUGGACGAUAUGUCGAUAUUGUACGAAUUUGGAGAAGUGUUUACUGUUUACUGUUUAGGGUUUAGAGUUAGAGUGAGUUGGACACAAUAGACUUUAGACUCACAAGUCACAGUGCUACUGAGCCACCGAGGCUUGUCGAAUCAUAUUAUGGUCAAUCGAUCAAUGUGAAUUUAUAUUACGCUCUUGGAAGUUAUUAAUUAAAAAUUUUAGCUUGUGCAUUAUUAAAUGUCUAUACUUCGAUUUCCCAAUUAAUAAUACGUACUUUCUCGACAACAAACAUAAUAUUGUAAUUGUAAUAACAAUCAUUAUUCAUUAUCAUCUUAUAUUCUUAUGAAUUUUUAACGGUAUUAUCACGCUAUUUGUAAAAUAUACGGAAAUCACACAUUUAUUAUAUGAUUAAUAGUGACAGCUUAAAGUGUAUUGAUUCUGCAACAUUUCCUAAUUAUAUACCAUAAUUUAUACCAAAUUAGUCUUCGAUAAUUUAAUUUCUACGCUUUUUCACCUAUUAUGAUGGAUGAAAUUCGAACUUGGUGGGAGAUACCGAGUAUUGUACAUUUUUGUAAAGUUUUUACCCUCAUCACCAAAGAUAUCAGUCGAAUAGACAUAAAUGAAUUUGAAAAUGCGAUUGAAGAGAAUUCAUAUUUGUUGACUGAUAUGGCUAUCCGGUUUACCAAAAUUUGUGGUUUUUAUGAUCCAAACACAAAUGAAUGGUGGAAUUUUAUGAAAAAAAAAUUUCAGAGUAAAUGCAUUAUUUACAACUUUAAAUAUCCACUAGAUUCAGCAACAUAUUUUGAUGAUUUAACACGAAAACAAAAAGUUGAAGCUCUGUACAUUUUUUGUAAUUUUAUUCUUGAUGUUAAGCAUAUUCAAAAUAAAAUCUCCAAUAAUCCUAAAAUGUGGCACAUGUUAAAUGUAAAACCAUUAGGUUAUGAUUUAAAUAAAUCAGUAUAUUGGUAUUUUGGUAGUAAUAAAUUAUAUAGAGAAGACUUUGAGAACUUGCUUGAUCUAUCUACUAACAGUGCCAACUUACCUGUAGAUCUUAAUAUCCACGRAAAAAUUCCUUAUAAAUCUUAUCCGUCGGGAGUGUUUGGCUCAGGAAAAUGGAAUACAAUAUGUAAUAAUAUCGACAAUUGGUAUUCAUUAGCUGAUAUUACUGAAUACAGUAAAGAUAUAAAUAUUAGAUAUCUACAUAAAGCAGUAUCUAAUAUUAUAAUAAAUCUYCCUAUAGUAAAGAAGAAAAAAUCUCAUUAUGUAUACAUAAAGCCUAAUAAGCCUAUAAGAAGUAUUUAUGCAAGAACUCUUCGAUCCACAGCUGUUAUGGAYGCUGAAAACAAGUUAAUUAAAAAUACAAAUAUUAUUCAGCAAAAACAAUACUCACAAAAUUGUAUGGAAAACCAAACCAAACAUAGAAAUGAUUCAACAGUUUCUCAAAUAAAUGAAACGUCUAAUCUAAACAUACAUGGCCAAAACCUAAGUAUUCCAUACUCUACAAAUGUAUUUAACAAUGAUAUUCAAUUAGAAAAACUAAACAAUAAAACAGCAUUUAAAUUACAGUUAAGAAGUGGAAAUGAAAAAGUGCUAAGUAAAUAUGUAAAAAAUAAUACAAAAUAUGAUAGCAUGCUCCGUGUAAAUACUAAAGACUAUGAUCAAGAGAAUAAUCAUUUGAAUAACUUAAAACGUAAAUUACGAUCCUCAACAAAUGUAACUAAAACACCGCCAUUCAAAAAUUUAAAUUAUUACUCCUCUUAAAUAUAGUUCUAAGCUUAUUAAAUUAAUAUAGUGAGAUAGAAAAUGCUUAAUUUUAUGUGUUAUAUUUAUUA